AUGACAUCUGAAGUAUUAUCAAGCUCAAAUUCAAAACGACGUCGAAUCAUGAUUAUAACUGGUGAUGAAAGUAUUAUUGAACAAAUUCAAAAUAGUAAUAAUUCAUCAUCCAUUAAAUCAUUUAUAAUCGAAUCGAAAGAAGAUGAAAAUCAUCAUCAGGAACUUAUGUAUUCGGCGAUUAAAAGUGAAGCACAAUCAUCAAAUCAGAAGAAAAUAAAACAUGGUUCAUUAACUUGUGUUGUCUGUGGUUCACCAGCACUUGGAUAUAAUUUUGAUGCCAUUACAUGUGAAAGUUGUAAAGCAUUUUUUCGUCGUAAUGCUCUUAAGAAUCCAGAAUCAUUUCAAUGUCGACGUAAAGGUGGUUGUGAAAUAACACUGGAAACACGACGUCGUUGUUCAGCAUGUCGUUUAUCAAAAUGUCUUAGUAAUGGUAUGAAACGUGAUCGAUUACAAACGUCGGAAGAAAAAGCAGCAAAACGUCGUGAAAUAGAAGAAAAUCGAUCUUUAUCAUUGCAAAUUCAUCACGAUACAUUCGAUGACAGAUCUCAUAUUAUAUCAUCGACAUUUCUCGAUCAAGAUCUAUCAACAUCUGAAGUGACAAAUCUUUUUCGUUUAACAGAUUUUGCUGAAUUUCUACCACAACCACCACGUGCUUUACUUAGCACAGAAGAUUUACAACGUGUAGAAACUAUUCAGAAUUCAUACGAACAACCCGCUCGUGAUGGUCUUCCUUGGAAUCCAUCUAUUUAUGCUACAACUUUUUUACAACAUAUAAAUUCUCGUUCAGUUCCAGCCAUGCGACUUUUAUCAUUUUUUAGACAAAUACCUGAAUUUAAUGAAUUAAAUGUUGAUGAUAAAGUCACUUUAAUUAAAUAUAAUCUCAUGCCAUUAGUUAUUCUCAAUAAUACAUUAUCAUACAACGCAGAAACGAAGCAAGUAGUUGAAACUGAUUCAGAUGUACCUUGGGAUCCAUCUUCUAUACAACAAGUUCAUGGAACAGCGAUAUUUUUACGUGUUCAAAAAGUGUUUAAUUCAUUUUUGGGUAUUGCAAAAUAUGACCAACGAAUAAUUCAAUUAGUACUUAUUGUACUCAUACUAACAAAAGGUUUUUCAACAGAUUCUGAUGCUAAUGAACCUAUUCUCAAUGAUGGUAUGGCUGUUUAUCGUGCACAAAGUUAUUAUACAGAAUUAUUAUGGAGAUAUAUGGAAAGCGCACAUGGAUUAGAAAAUGCUGUAAAAAUAUUUAAAGCACUUGUUGCUCAUUUUAUAUCAUGGCAAACAGUUGAAAGAGACCUUCGAAUUAGUUGCCGAAAAUUAUUAGCAACAUCAGGUACAAAUGAAUUAUUACCAAUUAUGAAAUCAUUAUUACAUAUAUCAUAA